AUGCCGGGCUCGGUUGGAAGUGAUGAAUUCGGCGACGAUGAGGACUUCAUUCUGGACAUCGAUGGUAUCCAGGCCCAUGGCAUUGGCGCAGCCGACAUCACCAAGCUGAAGGCCAAUGGAUUCUACACUAUUGCAUCCGUCCAUGGUGCAACCCGCAAAACUCUCCUUAAAAUCAAGGGAUUCAGCGAAAUCAAAGUCGAGAAAGUCAAAGAAGCAAUUCAAAAAUGCCUACCCACAGCCUCGGGUUUCAUCACAGCAAUGGAACUUCACCACCAGCGCAAGAAAGUCGUCCGUGUCUCAACCGGCAGCAAGCAAUUUGACUCAAUUCUCAACGGCGGCUUCCAGAGCAUGAGCAUCAGCGAAGUCUUCGGCGAAUUCCGCUGCGGCAAAACACAACUUUCGCACACGAUGUCUGUAGUCGCCCAACUACCCAAAGAAGCAGGCGGAGCAGCUGGGAGAGUCGCCUAUAUCGACACAGAAGGCACGUUCCGACCCGAACGCAUUGCUCAGAUCGCCGAACGGUUUGGAAUGGACCCCGACACAGCGCAGGAGAAUAUUUCCUAUGCGCGCGCGCUGAACAGUGAGCACCAGUUCGAGCUGCUGAAUACUCUUUCCCAGGCGUUUGUAGGUGGCGAGUAUCGGUUGCUUGUUAUUGAUAGUAUUAUGAACUGUUUUCGGGUUGAUUAUUGUGGACGUGGGGAGCUCGCGGAUCGGCAGCAGAAGUUGAAUCAAUUUUUGAUGAAGCUGGCGCAUAUGGCUGAAGAAUUCAAUGUUUGUGUCUUGAUGACAAACCAGGUCCAGAGUGACCCUGGUGCUAGUGCUCUCUUCGCUGGAGCUGAUGGUCGAAAGCCAGUUGGUGGUCAUGUUCUUGCUCAUGCUUCCACUACUCGUGUGCUCCUGCGGAAGGGUCGUGGUGAUGAGCGAGUUGCGAAAAUACAGGAUUCUCCUGACUGCGCUGAGCGGGAAGCAAUCUAUGUCAUUACCAAUGGCGGGAUCAAUGACCCUGACAAGGUUUGA